ACCACGGAGACCGUAGCUCAAUUGCAGCGUCUCAGAUUAGCAAAUCUGCUAAAUACCUAGCCAGUGUCUACUCCGUUUUUACCUUCUAUAAUUAGAAACAACAACAGAAAGCGUCGCUUAAUAACUAUUCAGCCAUGGCAUCCGUUUUAGAUGCUCUUUGGGAGGACAGAGACGUUCGUUUCGACAUAACCGCACAGCAGAUGAAAACUCGGCCGGGUGAAGUCCUGAUAGACUGCCUGGACUCCAUCGAAGACACGAAAGGAAAUAACGGAGACCGCGGACGACUUUUGGUGACAAACCUGAGACUUAUUUGGCAUUCUUUGGCCUUGCCAAGAGUGAAUUUGUCUGUUGGAUACAACUCCAUCAUCAACAUAACAACAAGAACGGCAAACUCGAAACUUCGAGGCCAAACCGAAGCGCUUUACAUCCUGACAAAGUCCAACAACACAAGAUUUGAGUUCAUCUUCACCAAUGUGGUUCCAGGAAGUCCCCGCCUCUUUACAUCCGUCAUCGCUGUGCACAGGGCCUAUGAAACAUCUAAAAUGUACAGAGACCUUAAACUGCGAGCAGCGCUUAUUCAAAACAAAAACUUGAGGCUUUUACCUCGGGAGCAAGUUUAUGACAAAAUCAAUGGCGUCUGGAAUUUAUCCAGCGACCAGGGAAACCUGGGAACCUUCUUUGUCACCAAUGUGCGGAUUGUCUGGCACGCCAAUAUGAAUGAGAGCUUCAAUGUUAGCAUUCCAUACCUUCAAAUUUGGUCAGUCAGAAUAAGAGACUCAAAAUUUGGCUUGGCUUUGGUGAUCGAGAGUUCCCGUCAGAGUGGUGGUUAUGUGUUGGGCUUUAAAAUUGACCCUGUGGACAAACUUCGGGACGCCCUUAAAGAAAUCAACUCACUCCAUAAGGUCUACUCUGCUAACCCAAUCUUUGGAGUGGACUAUGAAAUGGAGGAAAAGCCACUGCCAUUGGAAGAAGUGACGCUGGAACAGCCUCCCGAUGACGUGGAAAUCGAGCCUGACGAGCAGACAGAUGCUUUCACUGCCUACUUUGCCGAUAGUAACAAGCAACAAGACCGUGAGCCAGUUUUUUCGGAGGAGCUUGGCCUUGCCAUCGAAAAGCUGAGGGACGGAUUUACCCUUCAAGGACUGUGGGAAGUCAUGAGUUGAAAUCAUUUUCAAUAUUUUAUGUAGCAUUUUUCUGUAAAUAUUGUGAUUACAUGAACAGAUUUGACCUCCAGAGUUGUAUAGAAUUGAUAGCGUUUGAUGUAGUACAUUUGUACAAGACAUAUUUAUUGUGAACAUACAUCUAUUAUGCAUAAAAAAGUUUGUGUUUUAAGAUGAAUAAAUGUCUUUAACCGUUGUUACUUUUGAAUCUAAUGUAUUAUUUGCAUGUGAAUCACACAGUACCUAAAGACAGCACUCAAGUAUUUUGAUAACGCUGAAAGAGAACCAAGUGUCACUAGCAACAGCUGUUCACUCACAGUGUCUACAGGCUAAUACCGGUCAGCACAGUCAUUGAUUUAUGACUUAAUGUCCCUAGAAUGGCAUACCUGAAAAAUAAGUAACAAAUCUGACCAGUGCGGUUUCUGUUUCAUUGACUUUCUUGUAAAACCAAACCUACACUUACUCAAUGAUGUGUUCAGAAGCGUUAAAGAAGUCACACUCUGUAAUUAAGUAGAACAAAAAUGAAAUGGUUUAAAACUCUAAAAUUAGAUACUACACUAGAUCUCAAGCAAAACACACAAAAACACAACAAAACCAGCAUAGAAUACUGUUAUUUUGUUUUCACUAAAACGGCAGAUUUUUUCAGCAAUUAUCUUCAAACUAAGGCUGUCAAAUUUAUAGCGUUAACGGGCAGUAUUUUUUUAAUUAAUCACGUUAAAAUAUUUGACGCAAUUAACAUUGCGUUGCCUCAAAGUUUACUAUGAUGCCGUUUUAGCACAUUGAGAGCGAAAAGGCAGAGAAAUGCAAGUGGACGCGGGCGUUCAUUGGACUGCGA